CCAAAGCUCGGUCACUCUGUCGCGGAGACAUCGAAGAGACGACGCUACCCGGGGAUCGAGUUGUCUUGGCUCGCAUUCAAGUGUCACCCUCCCUUCGCUCCCAUCGGGACGAACGUCGGACGAACACCGGGCUUGCACGAGAUUCUGUAAGGAUGCCAUCGGUACGAAACGCAGCUACACUGGCGUUGGUGCUUCUCGUCUUGGCAGAAUGGUCGGUGGCGAUGCCAACGGCCGACAAAGACAAAGACAGACUAUUGAACACCGUGGAUUUGAUAGACGACGACGGCAGCAUCGAGACAGCCCUGAUAAAUUACCUAUUCACCAAGCAGAUCGUGAAGCGCCUCCGCAAUCAGCUGGAUAUCGGCGAUUUACAGCGUAAACGCAGCUACUGGAAGCAGUGCGCCUUCAACGCUGUGUCCUGCUUCGGUAAAUAAGCAGGACGAAGGGAAAAA